UAUCAUAUUGCUGUAUAUAAAGUUUGUAUUUUUCGUAUGGAAUACCAUUAUCAGCCUAGAAUGAGACUUUGAUUGAUGUACUGAAAAAGAUGCGGAAGGCAAGCAAAUGGAUUCUGAACUUUCUGAUAGGAAAGCAGGAGAAGAAGAAGAAUGAAGCUCUUUUGACUGAGAAAUGUGUGUCUUCUACCACCAAGCCAAUCCACCCGGGGAGUCCCAAAGUUAAGCGAAGAUGGAGCUUUGGAAGAUCAUCCCACAGGGUUUCAAAAUCUGUUGAUUCGAUUGACACCACCAAAUUGCCAUUGAAGCCUCAGCUGAAUCAUGCCGUCUGGGUAUCAAUACAGGCUGAGAAUGCUGCUGCUACAAGGAUCCAAGCAGCCUUUCGUGCUCAUUUGGCAAGGAAGGCUUUACACGCCCUGAAGAGUCUAGUGAAGUUACAAGCACUCAUAAGAGGUCACUUUGUGAGGAAACAAACUAAUGCUACUAUGAGACGCAUGCAUGCUUUGUUGGCAAUCCAGGUUCGAGCUCGCUGUCAGAGAAUUCAGAUGGCCGAGGCAGCUGUACAGGAAAAUAAAAGGCAGUCGUCCAUUAGAAGAGUUUCCCCUCAUGCCAAUGAAGUUCAUAGGAAGAAAAUCUAUAUGAUUUCGAAUGAAUCACGAAGAGUUUUGAAAAGUACAAGUGACUACCUGAAUCAUUCACAAACUGAUCAGAGGAUUGAUCAUAGCUACACAUCAUUUUCUUCUGAUCGUCUGUCCAUCUCUAACCGACACAAAUACAAUGACACCUUGUUCAGAACACCAGAAACUAGUCCCCGAAUGCCAUCACCCAAAACGAAACCAACUAGACCUUACAUCCCUUUUCAACAGCAUGAUUCUCUAGUCGAGCCUACUUGUUAUGACUACUCAUUCAUGCCUAGUUACAUGGCCAACACAGAAUCUUCGACGGCCAAAAAAGUCAGGUCUCAGAGUGAACCUAAGCAACGACCUGAUGGGAGCAACAAGCAUAAAAGCAAGCAUACAGAACUAGUAGAUUCAACAGAUGAACAGUUUCUGAGACGUUCAUCUUCACAGUUCAAAACCAAUGAUCACAAAAACCAUGAUCCCUGGUUUGGUAAGCUCUACAGACCAAGAAGAUUGUUUGAGGACAACAAGUAUGAUUACAUUAAUCCAAGUCAUUCCAAGUAUACUGAAUCUCUAGCUGCAGAGCCCCAUGUGAUUUUAUAUUAACAGCUCCUCGCAUAUCAAUAUUGAGUUGAAAAUGGUAAAUGGAUCGAUGCUGAAGAUCAAAUUAUCUUGUAAUCAGUAAAAGUAAAAGUUUCAGUGUAGUAUACUAUACUAAUUACUAAUUUUACUUGUUUAUGAGAUUAAU